AUGCAAGGGGAAACUACGGCUAUACGAAUUACGGAAAAUGAAGGAAAGCUGGAUGUAUUACCCCAGAACAGGACCCCAAGCUCCGGGAGAGUAAGUGCCAAAAGCUGGCAGUAUAGUGACCACAUGGAGAAUAUCGAUGGCUACUUGAUGAAAUACACCAACCUUGUAACAGGGUGGCAAUACAGGUUCUUCGUCUUAAACAAUGAGGUGGGCUUGCUGGAGUACUUUGUCAAUGAGCAGUCAAGACCCCAGAAGCCCCGGGGUAUGCUCCCCCUGGCAGGGGCCGUCAUCUCCCCCAGCGAUGAGGACUCUCAUACCUUCACCGUCAACGCCAUCAGCGAGCAGUACAAACUCAGGGCCACCGAUGCCAAAGAGAGACAGCACUGGGUGAGCCGUCUGCAGAUCUGCACCCAGCACCACACAGAGGCCAUGGGGAAGACUAACCCCCCGCCCAAGUCCCGGAGCUACUCUAUGGCGUCUCAGGGCAGCGGCAGCUCACCGAUGUCUGUGCGGCGGCCCAGCCAAAACCCUGCGUUGUUGUUCAGCUGGCAGGCCAACAAGGGCUCGUCGCUGUACUCCAGCAAGAGGUCUCUGCUGCCGGACCACCUGAUGGAGGCCCGAGAGAUGAUGACCCAGGCGCAGGGCCAGCACAGAGACGUGAUCCAGAGCAUCGAGGGUCUGCCCGCGACCCCCGGGUUCUCCCCACUAGACCAGGAUCUGCUGAUGCUCAAGGCCACCUCCAUGGCGACCAUGAACUGCCUCAACGAGUGCCUGCACAUCCUGCACCUGCAGCAGGUGGCCAGACUGAGGGGCUCCCUGGGAGGACCCACCAUCGAGUGGCUGGAGCCCAAGCUGCCCGACAUCCUGAAGAACGGCAGCUCUCUGGACAGCUUCACUGCGGGGGAGGGCCAGCUGGAGGGGGGCGGCCUGGAGCUCAGUAGCCCAGACUCCUGCAGCUUCUCUGGGGAACAGGAGGACAUUGACGCAGAGGAUGAGGCGGAGGACUCUUUCACGGAUAAGGAGGAGGACCUGGGUGCUGUGGAGGAGGAGCGCAGCGUCAUCCUACACCUGCUGUCCCAGCUGAAGCUCGGCAUGGACCUCACAAGGGUGGUCCUCCCCACCUUCAUCCUGGAGAAGCGCUCUCUCCUGGAGAUGUACGCUGACUUCAUGUCCCACCCGGACCUGUUUGUGACCAUCACCGACGGCAACAGCCCGGAGGACCGCAUGGUGCGCUUCGUAGAGUAUUACCUCACCUCCUUCCACGAGGGCCGCAAGGGGGCCAUCGCCAAGAAGCCCUACAACCCCAUCAUCGGGGAGAGCUUCCACUGUUCCUGGAGGGUCCCCAGGGAGCCCUCGCAGGGGGGGGCCGACCCUGCCACCCCUCAAGACCCCUACCAAGUGCGCUUUGUGGCUGAGCAGGUGUCCCACCACCCCCCUGUGUCCGGUUUCUACGCUGAGUGCCAGGAGAGGCGGAUGUGUGUGAACACGCACGUGUGGACAAAGAGCAAGUUCAUGGGGAUGUCCAUCGGGGUGUCCAUGAUAGGGGAAGGUUGUCUGUAUUUGCUCGAGCACGAUGAAGAGUACACCUUCACGCUGCCUUGUGCCUAUGCCCGCUCCAUCCUCACUGUCCCCUGGGUGGAGCUGGGCGGCAAAGUCAACAUCAACUGCGCCAAGUCGGGGUACUCUGCAAUCAUCACCUUCCAGACCAAACCCUUUUACGGCGGCAAAUUACACAAGGUAACGGCGGAGGUGAAGCACAACACCACCAACGCGGUGGUGUGUCGUGUGCAGGGCGAGUGGAAUGGGGCUCUGGAGUUCAGCUACACCAGCGGAGAGACCAAGACGCUGGACGUCACCAAGCUGCCCGUCACCAAGAAGAGCGUCCGGCCCGUGGAGAAGCAGGGGCCCACUGAGUCCAGGCGUCUCUGGCAGCACGUGACAAAGUCUUUACGGCUGAAGGACAUCGAGAAUGCCACGGAGCACAAGAGGAUCCUGGAGGAGAGGCAGAGGACGGAGGAGAGACACCGUGCUGAGACGGAGACAGCAUGGAGGACCAGAUACUUUGACAGAGAGGGUGAAGGCUGGAUCUACCACAAACCACUUUGGAAAAAUUCUGCAUUCAAAACCUAGUUUCUUCAGUCUGUAUCUUGGAUGUUGAUAUUGUAGAUUAAAGUGUGUGUGUGUGUGUGUGUGCGCUGACCAACAGAUGAAUGCAACAGAAGGACAGUAAAGACAGCAUGGAAGCUUCUGGAUUCUCAUGAUUUUCAGGACAAGCUCUUCUACUCCUGAUCAGCUGUUUUUUUAUAAUCCAAUGUCAAUGGAAACAUACUCUUGUACAGAUAACGUUUCUCUAUUUCAAAGGCCUUAACAUAGUCUGUUUUCUGCUGGUUAUUUUUCUUUUUCCAAGCUUUGGUAUCACACUUUAAAAGUACUUCCUUUCCUAUAACAAGAUAUCCAACAUAACGAAAACGAAUUGGAAUACUGCCUGGUAAAUGUAAUGCUGUGAAAUGUUGUAAUUGAGUGUACUGGAAUGUAGAAGAAUAUUUGAUCGCUAUUUAAACGUACUUAACAUCCAUGACUAAAUGAGCAAUCAGAUAUUUUUAGGUACUACCUUUGAGAGUUUAACAGUUAAAAGCUUCUUCAUCUAGACUGUGGCGUGUAGUAUCAUUACAUUUGAUUUAAUGUGACUACCAAUCCAUUAAAUGUCAUUAAACUGAUGCCGUGUUGCGUAAUCCACACAAUAAUGGGACAUUUUUAAGUUACUCCUGUGCACAAAUAAGAAAUGUUAAAUGUGAAGUUAGUUCAAACACAUCACUCACACUUUUUCAGAGCCUUUUACCCCCAAUAACUAUCGAACAUACUGAAAACAUAAAUCACUUUCAUUCAGUAUAUUUUCAUGCGCACAAUCUCUAGUCCAAUAAAUAGUCCAGCACUUUUCCUCCAGUCUUUAUGCUAAGCUAAGCUACCUGUAGCUUCAUAUUGAAGGGAGUGGUAUCGAUAUUCUUAUCCAACUCUCUGCAAGAAUUAAGAAACCGUCUUUCCAACUCCAAUUUCCGUCUCUAAGCAUUGGGAUGUUUAAGACAAGACAAAGAAUGCAUUUUACCACAGGAUCAGGUACUCCAUGUGACGAGUAAACUGAGCUUUAUGGGUACAAUUGGUUGCCUUUUUAUCGUGAUUAUGAUUCAAUGAGUUCACACUACAAUUUCUUCAAUUUGGUUUCAAACUGGUAAAGAUGUGCAUAUAAUGAUGGCUGACAAAUAACCACAUUUUAAAUAAUGAUUGAUCACAUGUGAAUGCAACUCAAUAUUCCCCCCCCCAAUGAUUCACCUCUUUCUCCUUGUCUAGUCCUGUGCUUUUGCAGUAUGGAAUCAGGUUUGUGCCAUUAACAUCAAGCAAAACUAACAGUUUAAGAGAAAGGAAAAAAAACUCAGUCACGCAAAAUAAAUGUAAUCUGAAAAAUAAAUCUAUAACUUGCAAACAAAUAAUUUGUGAAA